AUGGCACACCUGCCCUCCAAACUUGUGCCACCCGCACCCGCGCCCGCCGCCGGCGUCGGCGGCAACGCCACCACCCGUGUCGACACCAACGCCAUCCCCGCUGCCUCAUCCCCCAUCACGCUCACAGCCCCACCUGUCCCCAAGACGGACGCUCAGAUCGACUUCGAAGCCCCCUUCCACGGCAAUGCACACCAUCACCUCGAUCGCCACAUCCAGGACCAGAUGCGUGCUUACUCCUCACGCUCGCAUUUCGGCCGCAUCAUCCCCAUCAUCCAGUCGCCGGGGACCGGCAAGUCCAGGACCUUUGACCAGACCAUCCGCACAAUACACCCUGGUCUUCACAUCUCCCUCGAUUCGGAAGCGGCCUGGCCGCUCUACGACCUCGAGAUGGCCAGCUGGCUCUGCCGCCACGGCGUACCUGCUGCCCAUCCAGGCUCUGGUCGCGCGGGUGACGGCCUCGGUCCCCACUGCUACCCGGUUCGCACAUUCGCACUCGUAUGGAUCGAGGCCAUAGCUCACUGUGCAGCCGCAGAAAUCCAGGCAGCCUUGCCGACAGACGAGCAGGGCUGGCCUAUCUCCGACGACUCGCACCACGGACCGCCGCCGGCUUCGUUUGCAGCCAUCUUCUACAACCACAUGGAAAGCGCCGUGGCGGCGUCUCCCUCCGUCUCCUCUCCCCCCUCGACAGACACGCGGCGUAGGCGCCUCUUGCAACACGUGUCGGCCCGUCUCCACCAGCACGCGCACCUCAUCACAAAGCCCACCAACGAUGCCGUCAUCAGCCUGCGCCAACGCGCAUCCAAGGCGCUGAAUCGUUUCGAGGCCGCCAUGUCAGCCGCCGAGGAACGCCAACACAGCGCCACCGGCAGCCAGGACCGCAUCUUCUUCCUCCUGGCCCUCGAUGGCGCUGCGCUCGUGGAACCCGCCCUCUUGUCCGAGCUUCGUUUCCAGCUGUUCAUCAUGGAAGGCUACGAGCUGCCUUUCUGCCCUCAUCUCGUGCUCGUCCUCAUCGGCUCCAGCACAUGCCUCGUCUCCGACGACAGGCCCUCGGUCAGCCUGAUGCCCGGCGGAAACUACGAGGACAGGAUGCUGCUGCCCGAGUUCAGCUUCCUGCCUUAUGGCGCCGCCUUCCGGGAUCUUGCCCCGGACGUCACGUCUCCGCACGGCAAGAGGUGGCAAGUCCUGCUCUGCCUGCUGUCGAAAAAGGGCAGGCCGCUCCUCGACACCCGGCAGGUCAAGGUCGACUUUAACACGCAGUCGCUGGCGAGCAUCACCUCCCUUGGGCCUCUCGUCGGGGCCGUCUCGUUGCACAAGCUCAAGACGGCGUUGCUCAAUGCAAGUGGCAGGCGCCUGGCCCAUAUCUCUUCGUCGUCGUUCGCGCUCGCGAUCCGAGAGACUACAUUUCCUCCGUAUCAGGAAGUCAAAAUGUUCGCCGGUGUGGACCAGAAUCUGGCAGUUCUCGGCAAGAGGCUUUGCCUGCGCUUCGAGGGCGGGCGGGGCAUGUUCGAGAUCAGAUGCUUCCUCCAGCGCCAGGUAAAGUGCCACCUAGGCACAGUCCGCCGCGUCCGGCCAGAGUCCUUGACGCCCGAGAUAUCGGCGCCCUCGGAGCCCCUGCUCAGCCUCGCCGCCGCCGACCUGUUCCGGCAGCAGGACCAAGAGCCGGGCUGCUAUGACAACUCAGAGACGGUCUCGCAACGCUGGAAGUCGGCCAUCCACACGUUGCGGAUCGCGCAUAAAUUCUACGGACUCCAGGCCGGUCCCAAGGGGGAGCUCGUCGUGUGCCUCCUCCUGGCGCAGGCAAUCGACUAUGCCGUCGUUCAGAAGCUGCGUCACGAGUACGGGCGCAAUGACGCGCGCUUCCGCGACGACAUUACCGACUCGACCAUCAAGAUGGACUGGAGGCUGGGCGGUACCCUCGAGCCCUGCUCGUUGGGAAGGUGGCUGGACCAGCUGUUUGGCGAAGGCCCCCUCGACGCUGCCCUCGAUGGCUACGAGACCAGGGUCAAACGGGACCUGGAGCGGAGACAGAGCGAAGCCGUCGUAGAAGCGGCAGGGGCCACGCCGUCGCAAAAGACACCUGCGCCGGGCAAGCUGUCGAAUACGAAGGGGCUCCGGUGGAUCAAGAAUCGACUCUAUCACAGCCGGAUCAACUUUACGCACUUUGUGCCGCUCGGCGACGGACCGAUCGCGACCAUCUCCAAGGAUCAGCUCGCCAGGCUCUUCGUCGAUCACGCCGCGCUCCUCGUCACCGGGUCUCGCCAGGCGGGCUGGGACAUCUUGAUCCCCGUCCUCGAAGGUGGCGAAGGCUGGGACCGCGACGAGACCAUCAUCAACGUCGACAACUUCACGUUUCUCGCCGUUCGGAUCGUCAACCGCUUCGACUUCCCUUUCGAUGCUCCAGAGUCGUCUUCGGAGUCGGCACGGAACCUGAACGAGCACGACUGUCGUGUCAGUCCCCCUCGACUCAUCGGCGAGGUGACGCCGCCGUCGUACUAUACGGAGCCGGUCGAGUUCUCGCUGUCCAUCGAGCUGGAACACCGGCCUCGCAAGAAAGAGGCCGCGUGGCGGUCGGGAUCCUCUUCGGCACCGACAGGGCCGCCGUCGUCGUCGUCGUCGCCGUCGUCUUUGCCGGCUCUGAGCUACGACCCACUGAGCAGCGAAGAUGGACAGCGGAAAAGGCUCCACUUCCAUGCCCGUGGCCUCGAGGCAUUCGCCUGCGCCUCUGACAGGAGCGAGCAAAACGAGAACCUCUACGCGCUCAUGGGCGUCAUCAAGAUGCGUGAUCGCACCGAUACGGAGUGGGAGCGCGUCGAUCGAGAGGCUUGGCUCACGCUGCAGGGACGGUACACGCUGUACGAGCCGGCUCCUCCCAUUGCCGUCGCCGUCGCCGACGACGCAACUGCCUCCGCUUCUGCCUCUGUCUCUGCCUCUGCAGCUGACCCGGCUACAACGACUGCCGCCGAAGCUUCCGCUGCCGACGCUCCGGCCGGAGACGCUCCGGAAAAUUCACACGACGCACCCGCCGACGAGCCCAUGGACGAGGCGCCCGACCAGCCCGCCGACCAGCCCGCCGACCAGAGUGUGGAAGGCGCCGGAGGCAGCACCGACGAGCCGGUCGACGAGGAUGACGGCCGCGACGAAGGCGAUGAUAUCAAGGUCGGCGACGCCGCCUACUGA